UACCGCGGCAGGUUGGAAUCGCGAACGGUAGCGUGUACUUUUCUACUUUGGUGCCGAGCAAAUGUUGACUCGCGCUUAUUUUGAGUUACGUUUCUCUCGCAUCGCCUUGCGCACGUGUGUUCAUACAAUAGGGAGCAAAGUUUUGAUAUUACUUAAAAGAAGUUACACAAUUGUUGUUCGUCUAUCCAUGAUUUGUGAUACGUAUCUUUCAUUCUGCCCAUGUUCUUAGUACAAUAUCAAUUAAUUUCUGUAUUCAAGACAAAACUACAUCUAAAAAAGAUUGAUUUGAUUAAUCGAUCAAUAAUGAAUACUCAGCACAUUUUGAUCAUGAUAUUUGUGUUGGUCAGCAAAAUAUUCCAUAAAAAUUCUAGUAAUAAUCCGUUCGUUAAAAUUGUGACAGAUAAAGAAAGCAAAAUUUUUUGCAAAAAAUACGUUACAGUCAAUGUUCCUUUAAGCCCUUAAAAAUCUCCGAUUUCCAAUAAAUCCGUCUUUUCAGAUUGUAUUUUCAAUUGUGCACAGCGGCUUUAGGACGGAUGCAAUCACACACAUCGCUCUAUUAUAGUUUAUCAUUUCAAUAUAUUGAUGAAAUUGCAGGAGUUUUGGUACGAUAUUGGUGGUCGUGCCAUAUCGGCCAAUAGCACUCGCCAUUGUUGCACCAAAAGCUAUACACGUCGGAUUUUACCAUUUCUCCGAACCGCCACGCAAAUAUGAUCCACUUGUAUUUUUCCCAGCUUCGCUAUUUGUAUAUAUCAUUGCUUGCUCCCUGCGAAAUAUACGCACCAGUAUAGAAAACUUUCAACGAAUUUUGCGAGCGUUUUUUUCGCCAAACGUACUUCACAGAACAGUGAAUGAUAUGCAUUUAAUCAAAAUGCGUUGUCACAGAUGCAUGCCAAGCAUUAGCUUCCAUUAUAAUUCAUUCUAAUUCAUUAUAAUUUCACAGAGAUACAAAGCAAAUCAGCAAAAUUAAAUUUUCAAACUAAUGCCUGUCUCGAUAAAAUAAACUGCGAGAAUAAUGUUGCGAGAAAUCGUGAAAUUAAUUUUCUUUUUUGGCAUUUAUUUUUUCAUUAGAAGAAGACGUUUUUUUCACGAGUUCGCAAAGUUUCUCUUUUAAUUUUCACGCCGUGAUAAUAAUCGGGGCGCAAACGAAUUGCGAUCGAGAAUAUGAUGAAGCCAAUCCUCGCCCCAACUAGUUCCGCAGUCAGCUCCGCCAGGGAAUUAAUAAGCACCAUCGCGAAGCACCCCUUCGAGCCUUUUUGCUCUCCAUUAUCCAAGAUAAACGGCAGCCCUUCGGUGCGAUGGGGCAUUCGGUGAAGUACAGUAGUGAGGCAAAACUUUCGAAUCGCUCUUGCAUCAAAUGAAAUUCUGCGGGGGCGGCGGACGUUUCUUACUCGCCCGUCGGGGUCCCCGUGCGCGUAUUUCGCCGUUUUCUCAGAUCACCGAGCAAAUGUUGACCCAGUUUUGUCGUCUGAUUGAACGUUACUCUGUCUUUCGAAAGUGCUGACUGGAAUACACGAUGAGCGAGAAGUUAGGGGGGCUGCGCCAGUCCGCAGUCUCUUUUUCUUCCACGCGGAAUCUCUCAGGAUCGCUGGACCUCCAGGUACGAAAUUCGAUGAGAGUUAUCUAUCCAUGACUGUUCACCUUUUUAUGGAGAGGUAGAUAUUUACUUGAAAUUGUCAGUAAAUAUAUAUUUAAAAUUCCAAGAAAUCAAAGCUCGAAAUACAAUUGAUUAUAUUAAAUAUUUUGAUUUUUAUAUAUGGUCGAAAAUUGAAAAUGUGUGAAAAAUAAAGUCAAACUAACUUUCUUUCGUCUGGUAAUACUGUAUAUAAUCCGAUAUAUGAUAAAUUCCAAGGAGUUAACUUUAUUUAGACGAUUUUUAUCAGCAUCCGUAUACUAUAAAACACAUUUUACGAAGUAAAGUCGAUAGCACUCUUGAAGGGUUAAAGUAGUCGCUCUCGAGAGAGCCGGCUAAGUUGAUUCACCUUGUUUCGCGAAGGUGCCUCUUAUUACGCGUUGCUGUACGAAGUCUUUACGAAGUUUCCGUAAGCCCGCGCUAAGCACUGAAGGGAGGUCGCAGAGUCACCCGGCCGAAUAAAGCCGCGGCUGAAUGAAAUAUAACAGGGUACUUACCCACACUGGCGAGAACUCGCAGGUAAACCGUAAGUCGGUGGACGAUGCCGGGAGAUGAAUAACGCCCGAGUGCAAUGGAUACGGCUUAAUAUAACUUUUUCCGUGUACUCUCGUUCUUCUUCCCGUGCAUCCCCUUUCUUCUCAUUUUGCCUUUUCAGCGUCAGCAAGGAGACGGAUAUGCGACAGCGGCUUCCUCGCAAUUCAAGUAAUUUGAACGCGCAUCUGCGCGUCAAGUAAUAGGAUGCAUCGCGCUUCUCAUGCUAUCCGCCCAAUAUAUUCCGUGUAAUGCGACGAGAAAAGAAAAUGUCAGUUCAGCCAAGAUACAUUUAUUUGCAAAAAAUAUACUUAUUAUAAAUCUGGUAUGAAAUAUUCUUCUCUUUUUAAGAUUUAUAAUAAAUCUGUUAAAAAAAAGGGAUAUCAUAUACAUAUACAUACAUGUAUAAGUAGAAUUGUACAAGUUAAAAAGCUAUGAAGAUAAAUUUCACGUGGAAUUCCGCCUUUGUAACAAAACAAAAGCUUUUUACGAAAAGAAAAAAUUCAAGAUGGAGUUUGAAAAAUACGUACUAUAUAUCAUCUAUGUUUCACUCAUCGUUUUUCGUGUACCGCUAACAAUAACCACCACCACUACGCUAUCACCACCGACAAUCGAAACUACCAUGAAAUCCACCGUCGCUGAUUUUGAAACGACAACGGAAGAUGAGGACAAGGUAGACAUACCAAAAGUACCUAUGACAGAGCAGGUUAUGGAUCACAACAUACGGGUGAGCGAUGUGCCCGACGUGGAUCCGGAAUCAACGGACGUACCGGAUUUUAGCUUAGACAAGAACCGAGUGAUUCGCGACGUGGCUUAUUUCAUUCGCUCCCACAAGUUUCACGACUUCGAUCGCCGGUAUUACAAGAGCGUGGAAGAGGUCACUAGCAGGCCGUAUGAGGAAUUCCCUAAACCAGGUCUGAGAUCUCUGCAUUGGGAGGUGCGCAAACACUGCGACGCGAGUUUUAUCGAGUGCCUGAAAUAUCUCGAAAGGAUUAUUAAACUCACGGCCCUCAGGCGCGAGGAUGACACCGUUACGAUCAUGAGAGAGCAGAAAUGGAACUUGGCGAACAAUACCGAGCAGAUCCUGGCCGCUCAAAGCGACUGCCAGGUAGCCCAAAGGCGAGACAAUCUCACUAUGGUUCCAUUUCAGGGUCCAAUCGAACGCUUCCAAUGGCGUACUACUGUCAGUUACUAUAUGUGCUGGUACACGAUGUUGGGCAUUCCGGACUUAGCUACCUUUGGCGAGCCCUGCGACAAUCACGCCAACUGCUUGGAUGAAUACGGCAUUCAUAAUGAGGAUCCACGAGCGGAUGACACGAAACCGUACGCUUGCGCCCUGUAUAGUUUCUGCCCGGACCAUUGUUGUCCCAUGAAGCACAUUCGGUACCUGAAAGAUUGUUUUCAGUCGGAACGCAAUCCUUGUUAUGCCGAGAACCAACCAGCGCAUCGAAAGUGUACGCUAAACCGGGACGAGAAUCACGACUUCCAUGCGCUCAGAGCAAAUCAGAUAAACGUGAGUUGCGAAUGUCAACGACCUGGACACGAGUGGUCCUCUAGAUUCGGGCUGUGCGUUGAUGUGAACGAAUGCGUUCGUGGCACACACAAUUGCAUGUUGAAUAACGAGAGUUGCCUGAAUCUGCCCGGUCAUUACGCUUGCAUUUGCCGACUCGGUUACGUUUAUAAUCUGGAAAUGAAACGGUGCCUUUACAAUCCGGAUAUUGACAGAGUGUUGAAGGGUGACGUACGCGAACCGAAGAUAGCAAAAACGGAAAGUCUGUUCGCCAAGAUCGUUCAAAUUAUUACCAGAUCCGCCGGAAAUAGCUUUUUAUGUGGCUACAGAAUCAACUUUUCAUUAGUUUUAAUCGUGUUAAUGUACAGUCUCAUGUAAACUCCUAUGAAAUUCCUUCUCUUUAUUUCAAUUUAAUGCUUUAAUUUAAUUAGUUUCAUUAUUAUAACGUUACUCUAAAAAAAAAUUAGAAACCUUUUACAUUUUGUAGUAUGUGAUAUAUUAUUAUGUGAAUCCGGUUGUGUCAAUGAAUUAUUGUUCAAGAAUACGGUUAAUCUCAUAUAUUACAUUACAUAUAUACUAACUUGCAUACUGCAACUUUUUCUAUAAUACAUAAAAAUGAUUAAACGUUCAA